AUGGAAAGAAUUACACAAAUGUACGCACUAACAGGUUCCCGUGUAACCGGUCCAUGUCACAAGCUGCUAAUUAAAUUAUGACCACAUUUCUACAAAACAAUGCACAAUUGCAACAAGAUAGAUCGGAACUGGAACAACAAAUCGACACCUAUUAGAAGUAGGUACGGCGUUACAGAUACUACUGCACCUCACUAUUUAUGGUCUGUUUGUUUAAUGUGUGUUUUUCCUGCGUUUUAAAUACAUUCUAAACCACUUGCAAAUGACAAUUUCCAUCACCUGAGCCGCGUGUACCGGUUGAAAAGCCGCGUUGCGUUGCUGCAUUUUCGAUCGCUUUCGACGAGUAAUUAAUGGUAGCAUUGAAAUAAAUAACUUCCAGCACCCUGUUCCCGUUGGUGAUACAUUCCAUCGGACCGAUAACGUCGGUGAAUGCAAUUUGUUGGAAUUGGAAAACAAAAAUCGAAAGAAACACGUCACUGCGUCACCGGGGGGAGGGAUGAAUCGCGGCUUGUAAGAGCGGAGGGGCAGGCAUACCGUAAACGCCUCAUUUGCAUAUCGUCAAUUGUGGGCAGACAAGUACCACGAACCAAGUACCAAUAAGGUACAAUUCAAACCCCGCGCUCGAUGACGCCCCGACGUGCUGCUGAUGGGUGUUGAUGAUGACGCACUGAUGAAUUGGCCCCAUGUGCCCAUCGCGUUAAUCAAGCGUACGUAUGUUACCCGUGACCUUCCGGGCGUUCCGGGCGUCUCGCGGAAUUCUAGGCCAACCGAUCGCGGCCUACUACCACACUAGCAAACUGAUCGGGCGGUCCAUCAACUGAACCAUCCAGCGAGGUCACACAAACACGCGUUGCAAAUCGAUCACGUGCCAAUGCGUAGCGACAGACACACAUACACACACACGACCAACCCGCAGAUUUCCAUCUAUCCGGAAGUAAACAAACAAAACCGUACCGGAACAAUGCGGAAACAAAACAGACGUAAAGAUGAACUUCUCCGCAUCCGAACCGGUCGGGUGUGAGAAAAUUUUGUGAAAAUUAAAAGUUAAUGUACAAUUAAAUGUAACGCCCGCUAGGUUGAUGAUGGCGAUGACACUAGCAGUGCGAGACUGUGCGUGCUAAUCGUGCCUUUCAGGCCAUAAAUUCAAGGAGACCUGGGAGACCGGAAAAAAGGGAUGCCCCGAACGGGUGGUUGAUAUCACUCGCUCGCUGCUACAGCGACGAAACGUAUUUCGGAGCGUUUGAUAAUGAAAACCCCCCUUCAUUUCGCACUUGGAGGUGUUGGAGCACCAUUCCGGGGACACAUGAAGUAUCGUAAAGCAAUAUAAAUAUAAUAAAAAGCGUAACACCCCAACACUUGUCAUUGCGUUGGUGUCGAUCGAAUAGGAAGUGCACUGCAACGGGACAAAAGUGGAAGAAAGUUGCUGCUUUAAUAUGAUUUCGUUCGGUUGUAUCGGUGCAUGGGUGAUUUUACUUACGGUUGGAUGUUCCGUAACGCAUGCGGAAGAUUCAAAGAUCGUCGGCGGUACAACCGCUAAUGAGCGUAUCCCGUAUCAGAUUUCGCUGCAGGUGCUGGUCAGCUCAUUGUUUGGGUUUGGACCGAAGCGCUGGAUGCAUAACUGUGGUGGUUCGAUCGUCAACGAGUACUACGUGGUAACGGCGGCCCACUGUCUCGAUGGGAUGAACGUUAGCCGGAUGUCGAUCGUGGCCGGUACGAACGAUCUGCGGGACGACGGUGCGAAGGGUACACGCUACCUUGUUGAAUCGUACCUUAUCCAUCCGGACUACAUCGAGCUGAACCGGAGCGAUAUUGGUGUGAUGCGCGUGAAGGAAGCGUUCACGUUCAACGAGAAUGUGCAACCGAUUCGCUACUCGUCCGAUUUUGUCGAUGGUGGUGUGAUGUGUUUGCUGACCGGUUGGGGUUACACGAUGCCGAUCCGUAUCGGAUCGACGCCCAAGGACCUGCAGGAAGCGGAACUGACGACGAUCACGAACGAUCAGUGCCGGGAGCGUGGUAUGCCCGUGAACCCGACCGAAAUCUGUACCUUCACCCGCGUGGGACAGGGCGCUUGUGGUGGUGAUUCGGGUGGUCCAUUAGUGUGCAACAAUCAGCUGUCCGGUGUUGUGUCGUACGGUACACGCUACUGUGGUAUCGGUGUUCCGGAUGUGUAUACACGCGUGUCUGAGUUUGAUUCGUGGAUUCAGGAAAACACACAAACCGGAGGAAGUGGCACCAGUGGAAAUUCAACAGCUGAUGAGCCACAGCCGACAUGA